UUUGUUUUUCUAGCAACAUGGCGACGUCCCUGAUCUGCGGCCGGUUAUCGGCUGGAUUGAGGAAUUCCGGGUCUAGGACGGCUCUCAGUUCUGCAACUAAGGUGCUUGGCGGGACGUCCGGCCUGUUUGGGAGACCACAGCAGCAGCCCCUGCAGCAGCAGCAGCAGAGGAGCCUCUCCCUGCAUGAGUACCUCAGCAUCGGCCUGCUGAAGGAGGCGGGCAUCUCGGUCCCCGCGGGCAUGGUGGCCAGCACGCCGGAGGAGGCCUACUCUGUCGCCAAGCAGAUCGGUUCCAAGGACCUGGUGGUAAAAGCGCAGGUUCUGGCGGGAGGCAGAGGGAAGGGCACCUUCGAGGGCGGUCUGAAGGGAGGAGUGAAGAUCGUUUACUCGCCCGAGGAGGCCCGUGAUAUCUCCUCUCAGAUGAUUGGGAAGAAGCUGUAUACCAAGCAGACAGGAGAGCAGGGCCGUAUCUGCAACCAGGUGUUCAUCUGUGAGCGCAGGUACCCCCGCAGGGAAUACUAUUUCGCCAUCACCAUGGAGAGGUCCUAUCAGGGCCCGGUGUUGAUUGGCAGCUCUCAGGGAGGCGUGAACAUUGAGGAUGUAGCAGCAGAGAACCCUGACGCCAUUGUGAAGGAACCCAUUGACAUCAUUGAGGGCAUCAAAAUGGAGCAGGCUGUCAAGGUGGCACAGAAGAUGGGAUUCCCUCCCAGUUUGAUAAACGAGGCAGCUGAGAACAUGAUCAAACUCUACAACGUCUUCAUCAAGUACGACGCUUCCAUGGUGGAGAUCAACCCCAUGGUGGAGGACUCCUCAGGCAUUGUGAUGUGCAUGGAUGCCAAGAUCAACUUCGACUCCAACGCAGCGUACCGCCAGAAGAGGGUGUUUGACAUGCAAGACUGGUCACAGGAGGACGCCCGUGACCGGCAGGCGGCCAAGGCUGACCUUAACUACAUCGGGCUGGACGGCACCAUCGGCUGUCUCGUAAAUGGGGCUGGUCUGGCCAUGGCCACAAUGGACAUCAUCAAACUCCAUGGGGGCACUCCCGCCAACUUCCUUGACGUUGGGGGCGGAGCCACAGCGCACCAAGUGACAGAGGCAUUCAAGCUCAUCACCUCAGACAAAAAGGUGCAGGCUAUCCUGGUAAAUAUUUUUGGAGGUAUCAUGAGGUGUGACGUCAUCGCACAGGGGAUCAUCAUGGCUGUGACAGAUCUUGAUCUUAAAAUACCCAUAGUUGUUAGAUUGCAAGGAACGAGAGUUGACGAUGCAAAAGCACUCAUUGCUGCUAGCUCCCUCAAGAUCCUGGCCUGCGACGACCUGGACGAAGCUGCAAAAAUGGUUGUAAAGCUUUCUGAAAUUGUCUCUUUGGCAAAAGAGGCCCAGGUGGAUGUGAAGUUUCAGCUCCCGAUUUAAACCCUCCUGGCUCACGCAGCAAGAGGACCUCCUAGCUGUGGAGAAUUAUCCCUCCAAACAUCAUUCAGUCCUACAGUUUAUUUUGUGUCAUUUUUGUUUUGUUUCAUUUUGUUUGGUGGUAUGAUCUCAUCCGCUGUUACAUAGGCUGUAUGCAACAGACUUCCUUUCAGUAUCUCCAUGUCUCUCCUGUGUUUGCAGAUGUAUCUGCCUGAGGUUUAGUAAGGCAGUGCUUCCCUGACAAGAGUAGCUUAUCAUGUCCUGUCUGCUGUGUCAUGUUCAAAGCUUAAACUGUUCAAGCAGAUACCUUAUGUCAUACUCCCAAAUGUCACAUCGCUCAGAUUGGUUCAUCAUUAGUUGCUCCUUUUUUUAGCUUUUAAAGGCAGAAUAUAAAUUGGGAAUAUUUAUGAUGAUUUAAAUUAUAAACUGAAUGGGUUCACACUAAGAUAUGUCAUUAAGGCUGGUUCUCCAUGUGACAGGAAGUGAGAUGUGUAAAUCCGUUGAUCCCUUUCAUUUUAAAGUAUAGGUGUCACAUUAGCCACACACACUGUCCCCAGUGGCUUAGCACCGUGUAACACAUGUAGACACACCCGAGCUCCCUCUAGGGAACAAAGCUGGUCUCUUCUGGUGUUUUUGGAGAAUUAGUACUUCAGCCCUAGUGUUUUGGUCAGGAGUGACAGGGAUCAUGCUGGUUGAAGGUAGCGUUACUGUAGGUCACCCCGCAUUGGGAGUGCCUUUUCUGGUGUCGAACUGAAGUAAAAGAAGAUGAGAUGGGGGUGAAACUUGAAUAUGGUAUGCUGAAAUAACAGUAUCAGCAUAUGGGACUAAGCAAGACUAUUGAUUGUAAAGGAGAUGUACCUUUCAGCUACAUCAACUAAAGGUAAUUUGUAAAUUUGACUUUCAGUACUUCCACUUUUGAAAAGGAUGCCUGUUGUUUGAAUUCAGCUGAAAAGAAAUAGGUACUUCUGUAGACAGCUACAGUAUUAAUAUUUGUGCUUCUGUUGCCACUGUAGAAAAUUUUGGACAGAAAGCUUUUCAGGAGCAUACUCAAUUAAUUAUAUUGAAUGGUUAUCUUAGUGAUAAUGUGAAAUCACUCUUCAAGUCCUUAAAAUCACACUCUUUAAAUCUUUAGAAUCUUUAAAGAUUGGAAUGUAUUGUAAAAUAUACAGAUGUAACAGUAUUUACGACAGUAGGCAUUUCCAAAACUUGCAUUUCAUUUUUAUUGGUCCUUCUCUUACUGUCUAAUUAUAAAUCAUGGACACACAAGGUUGUGGCACCCUUCUGAUGUUUGAUGCUUUUAAAAAUGUAUUUGAAUUGCCAAAUUUUUUGAAAAGCCGGUGGGCUCUCAGGAAAUCCUUGCAGCUGGAAUACCGUAUUUAAUAAGAGAAAGGUGGACUGUGGAACUGUUUCACUGUGGGUGCCUGACAGCACUGUUCUCUCCAUACACCCCCACCAUCGUGGCCAGUGAAAGCUCCUUGUGUCCCUGUCUUGCCACCGUUUCAACCAAAACCUUCCUGUUCACCUGUUAAUGUUUGACUCGGCUGCUGUGAAGAGCAUUAAGAACGCACAUUUUUUUUUUUUUUUUUUUUUGGAACUACUGCUCUCAUCCCAUGACCCUCCAAAAAACACUUUACACAAAUUGUAAGAAUGAUUUUUCUUGUAAAUAUCAAGACCACCUUUCUCUUCUGUAAAAUAUUUAAGCCUCUCUCGGAGGGUGGGGCGAAAAGAAAAUAUUAAAUGCA